AUGCCCGACACCCUGAAAGUCAUCGAGGAACGACUCCAACUACGCAUACAAGCCCAAGGGAACUUCCAGAAACAAUGGGCACUCGAGGAGGACUUCGAGAACGCUCUCAAGGAGGAAAGGAGCAUCAAACCUGGGAAGCCCACUAAGAUAGUAGCCGUGGGACGGAAGCAACCACGACGACCCAGAUUUUCUCCUCCAAAACUCGGGUUCAGGGAACCCACACCCCAGGAGUCGAUUGAAGUACUUGGCGAGAAAACAAGCUCUGAAGAAGAACAUGAGGAAUCGCUUGAUGAGUUCGAACCCUCGAGCAAGCUCGAAAGAAAGGCUGCCAAGCAACUCAUGGAUCUCAGAAGAUCAAGCCAAACCUCUACGCAAUCGACAUCCUACAAGGAUAUUGAGAAGAAAACCAGGACGAUUACAUUCACACCAUUCUCAGAAGAAGAAGAAUCCUCUGACGAAUCGGACCCUGGACGAGAAGUCUUCCGUGAAAGGGAAGCACAGCUCUACGAGGCCAACCAAAGCCCAACUCAUUACGACCCGGACGAACCAAUAGCUGCGCAAGCGAAUGUCGACUUCAGCGACGACCCGAUGGUCAAAAGGGCUUGGCCCACCAAAAAGGACUACCCUGAGUACCGACCACAGUACGAAAAGAAUGAGGACGAUCAAGAAGUCUGGUUCUAUGGAACAGACGAUACCGGAAUCGACGGGAAACCAGUAGUAUCCGUCCUAGAGGAACCUAUAUUCGGAGACCACGAGUACCUCGACCAAAAACACGCACGCCACACCGAAGUAUUCUGGGCCGAUUGCAUCUACGACGAAUGCCAGUUCCACCUCCAGGACAAGGAACUUAACGACUUCUUCCCUCGACGAAGGAAGCAGCAGCCGAUUCCCAUGAUCUACCUCCACCACCAACUCGGCACAUGGAUAGUCAAGGAAUUCAAAGCGAGCUGGUUACACAUGCAACCCAGUCCGGAACACCCGGUUCUGUGCUACAACGGACUGAUCAAACACUGGUCCAAAUGCAUGCACGACGAAUGUAUGAUGCAUUACGUAGGCAAAGCCAAAACCUGGAGAACCCAGAUUAGGGAACAAACCCCCCCCGAGAUAAAACCGGUGGACAUGAAGGGGAAGCAAGCCCACCGACACUACUCAAAAAACUAG